CCGCCUUAUCGACACAACUCGCCAUGGCACGAUUUCCUCCAGACAUUUCUAACUUCUCUCCGGACUACACAGACGGAUCACUCACGUAGACAGCUAGCAUCUCACCCGACCACCCACACACCAGGAUUUAAACACAGCAGACGUCUAGACGGAAGUGAACCAGCAAGAUGUCAAGGACGCCAAAGUUCCAGACAUACGACUCGACGGUUGGGAAAGACAACGCACGGCUCAAGGCCAUCGCGUGCAAGGUCGUCAACAGUGGCGUGCCCACACGCUACAAGAUCAAUCUCAGGGAUGAGAUCCUCUCCAUGAAGGAGAAGGAGAGGCUGGGCUUCAACUUCAACAGAUCCCUGACAGCAUCCCUGAGGUCCCGCUGGGAUGUGGUGGAGAACGCCACCAAAAGUUUCCUGCAGGAGAUCGUCGACAUGAACGACCAGAUAGAGGACGACAGCAAGAAGAACGAACGACAACUCCUGGGACUGAUCUUCACACGCUCCACCAACAUCAGCCUGGAGUCCAGAGUUGAGCAGCUAGGUGGACUCUUCAUGCGCAUAACGUUCUACAAGACUGUGCUAGAGGAGAAGAUCAAACAGUACGACCACUACAAGACUUUCCUGGUCCAGUGCUGUGAGCUGAUGGGCUAUCUUCAGCCUGGACAAUUACUGGACAGAUACGCGGCACUUAACCACGUCUUCAAGGAACUGUAUGGCGAGUACGAUGCGAGGGCGACAAUGAUGAACAAACUCCAAGAACGGUUGAGUGAUAUCCGCACGGAGACCGACCACAGGAACAUGCUCAUGCACAACGAGAUGUCGGACCUGCACAUGAAGCUCAAGAUACUCACCAUCAGGAUCAAUCACCUGGAAUACGAACUGAGCGAUCGAAUCGAUCACUCGACGGGUACAGAGAUGGAGAUCUACAGGAUCAAGAAUUCGAUACAUCGGUCCUACGUUGCUUUGAUGAACUACAGAGGUCUAGAACCCACAGACAGCGACCCGUACGUUCAGCUUGAGCACAUCGAGGCCAGGAUACUAGCCUGCAUUGACGUCAUUCGGUUCGUGAAGGAAGAGACCAUGAAGGUGGGUACUCAGGUGAAGAAGUCCAAGAGAGAGAAGGAGCUGGAGUCGGUGCAACUGAGGAUCGGCACUGACUCGAGUUCCUCAGACAACGAGCCAGGGGAUGCCAACGAGAGCCACCAGAUGGCUCAAGGGACGGCAGGGUCGCAGCCACAGGUCAGAAGGUCACAGCCCAAGGUCAGGAAAAAGAGCUUUCUGCCACCACUAGAUCCGUCAAGGACUAGCAUGACGGGGAAAGUUGGAGCGACGGCAAGCAAAGAAAGUUCCGCUUCAGUACACUCCGCUAAGUCGAUGAUCAAACAUGUAGAAAGGCGGGAGAAUCGCAGAGUACUGAAGGAUAAAAGUGAAAACAAAUCUAAAAUUAGAUCUACCAAUACGAGACGGCCAAUUAAACAACCUCCCAGAGAGCCGGCCUCAGAUACAGAUACAGACACAGAUGAUACAAUGGAUAAGAUGGACAGCAAAAUGAAACCCCUGUCCAUCUCUACCACUGAGUUCGACAAGACAAUGGUUGAACAGGUAAGGAGAGAGCUAGAAGAGAGGCUGGCCCAAAGACUCCGCAAUAAAGCCAGAGCUGGAGAGGAUAAGAUCGUCCAUGAAACGACCUGCCCAGAUGUACAUGAACCCACAAGAGCUGAAAGGAUCAAAAUGUACGACCUUAUCAAGCGCCGGAAGAGGGAGAUCGAAGACAUGCUGUACACCAAGCCGGAGAUUCUGCUCCAGAGGUGCAGCCAACAGGAGGUCAAGACCAUCGACUGGUGGAGAAGGUCAAGGUUGAACCAGCUCCACCGUCAGAGGUCAAUUUUCCUAGAGAAACCCCCACUGAGAGAGUGCAAGAGUCUCAAGAAACCCCCGGCCCCCCUGGCCAAGCCCAGACACCCACCCAGCUACACCAUGAGCAGGAAAUACAUCAAGCUCCAUUACCUGGACAUUUUGGCCAAUGUCGACAUCAGACGUAGAAAUAGUUUACAGACAGAACAGCUUACACUGACGUAGAACACAGAAGAUGGCUGGACAUGCAGUGGUCUAAUAAACUAACACGAGUUUAAUUAGUUAAUGGAUGACUUGGUGGUGUGGGUGCAUGUCAAUAAGAUAACUUGGACGAACCAUAAAGCUGAUGUGAUAGAUCGUAUCAACAACACAACUCAUUUGGUCAUUUGGAACAGCAAUGGGACUGUUUUGGUAGAUUGGACUAAAAGUAUUGUUGAUUUUGUAGAUUGGACUAACGGUGCAGUUGAUUUUGUAGCUUGGACCAACAGUAUAAUAGAUAUUUUAGUUUGGACCAACAGUAUAAUAGAUAUUUUAGUUUGGACCAACAGUAUAAUAGAUAUUAUAGUUUGGAUCAACGGUACAAUAGAAUGUGUAGAUUUGACCAACGGUACAAUAGAUUUUGUGGACUGGUACCGCCCAGAAGAGCGAGUCCGAUGUACGCAGUGAAGAAUGAAAGGAAACAACGAAUGUCGUAAUCGUUUUAUACUUACGCUCUUAGAUUAUUUCAUCUUUUACAUUUGACAUUAUUUUAUAAU